UUUUUUUUUGCAUACAUGCAGAAUAUGAUGAAAACAGACCAGACAGAAUAGCUCAAAAUAGUUUUUUUUAGACAAAGUUUUUAAAAUUAAAACAAGAAAACAAAAUAUGGAAAAUCAACCACGACGUGAAUCAUCAACGGCAAAUAAUAAUGAUGAACAACAACAAGUGAUUGGAAAUGAUGAUGAAUAUUUUGGCAGUUUUAGUACCAGUCUAAUUAGUCCACCAUUUGGUCAUACAAAUCAAUUACAAUUAAGAAAUCGUGCCAAUCUUGUUGGUGAAAAAAUAAUCAAUCCAGGUAUUCAUAUGUGUGAUAGUUGUCAAAGUCCAAUUCUUGUAUAUGGUCGUAUGAUUCCAUGUAAACAUGUAUUCUGUUUUGAUUGUGCGGAUAAAUCACCGGAAAAAUGUCUUCGUUGUUCGAAUAAUAUAUUGAAAAUUGAAAAAUGUAAAAUCGGUACUGUAUUUAUUUGUCGUACCGAUACAUGUCGUCGUACUUAUCUAAGUCAACGUGAUCUUGAUGCUCAUAUUCAACAUCGUCAUCUACGUCGAUCUGAUGGUUCAUUACGAUUUUAGACCAAUUUUUUCCUAUUUUCAUUUUAUUUAUUUUCGCUACAUUUAUAUUCAUUCAAUGUAUU